AUAGAGUCGAUAGAGAAUCGUCAUUGACAUGGACACAGCUGAGGCUAACCUGCAGGUCAUAAAGGAGCAUUAUGAGAGGGCUUUCGACUGCCUCAACACAGGACUCUCAGAGGAUGAGGCAGGACACAAGGCCACGGCACUGACGUUCUAUAGGCUUGGACGCCAGCACCUCCUUCAAGGGCUUGAAGUCCCCACCCAUGGAGAGCUAUAUGUCGGCGCUGUCUGGGACUCCGCAAGGCAGAUGCAGCUGAAGAUGAACGAGACUCUAAGCACCAUCACAACGCGCUUGGCCAUAUUGGAGACAACACCUUUACAAGAGAAUGCCGGAGCCUCAUCCCAGCACCUCUACCCGACCUUGCCUGUCAUACAGACAGACUCCAUGCGCAGUCCAACAGCAGCCCCUAACCGGAGCCUGUAUCCAAUCCUACCCCGGAUAAAAGAGCCGGCACCUCUGGGAAUGUGCCUAUCAGAUAUCCAGUUAGAUGGAGGCGAUGUCCCUUCUUUGCCCGUUUCUCCUGUGAUGGCACUGGGUGUACCAGGAGAUCAGCCCCCAGCCUACACCCCACAAGCCUCUGAUGGUCACCUCUCUCUUUCCCAUGGCACAGAGAAGGGGAUGACGCCUUCACAGGAGGAAUGGGAGCUGGUGGACCGACCGCAUGGCACACUGAGUCUAGAAGUCAACGGAGAGGAGCUCUUUUACUUGCCCCAGGGAGUACAGAUAUUCUUUGUCGCAGCAGACGGCCAGGUCAGUGCGCCUUCCUACCCGGGGUUCCUGCGCAUAAUUGUGUGUGCAAGCAGCCAGCAUACAGACCACUCUCUCAGCCAUCCUCCUGCGUAUCUACAGGUAUGCAAUUGGCUCUACCCAAUGUACCCCGACUUGCCUGUCCUGCUGAGUAACAUGGGCGUGUUCACAUUCCCUGACACUAUAGCCAGCGCACCCGGUUCUUAUGUAGGUGUGGUGCUCUCGUCCAGACUGCCUGUCUCGGACCGAGCUCGCUUUCACGAGCACCUGUCACAGCUGACCCUGCUCAGAGUUCAGACUGCAGACGAGGGUGCUGCUGUGGAAGCCAUUGACCUGGGUGAGAAGAUUCCCAUAGGUCCUUCUAAAGGGGGCGCAGCUGCAGGAUUGGCUACAGAAGGGAGGGCUGUGCCUGAGUGGAGUGACAAGUUGGCCCAGAACAUCCUUGCAGGGGCGUCUUGGCUGGGACGAGGGCUGGUUAAGGGUGGAAACUAUGCUGGGAAGGCAAUCCACAAAGGAGCGUUCACGCUGCGAGAGCACAUCUCCCCACGGGAGGUACCUGCUGAGGUCAGCCCCAAAGUCAGCAAGGGCCUUAAUGUGGCCAAGGAUGCCACUGGCGGGGCUGUCAAAGUCAGCCAGUUCAUUGUGGAUGGUAUAGCCACCGUGGCUGAUCGGGUAGGGAAGGAACUGGCACCACAUGUGAAGAAACACGGCAGUAAACUGAUUCCAGAGUCACUGAAGAGGAACAAAGAUGGCCAGUCAAACAUGGACGGAGCACUAAUGGUUGCCUCAAGUAGCAUACAAGGACUGUCAACUGUGUGGACGAGUAUGGAGACAGCAGCAAAAAACAUAGGGAAAAGUCUAGCUUCAGAGACUGUCCAAACAGUAAGGCACAAAUUUAGGGGUCUAGAACACAUCUUGGAUCGCCCUAGGAACAUGUAACAGUUGACCUGAGUAGACUAGUGAUGCCUUUUUGACUAAACAUUGAUAUGCAGUUCAACUAAUUCUGUCUGACUUUCUCUAAAUAUCUUCAGUGCCUUAAUGGGGGAAUAACGGGAUAUAAAGGUGGCUUUCACCUGCAAUAAGUAUGUUUUGGCCUUACAUUUACUAAUAAAACUGAAAAUUUUGCAAUGGGACAUUGACCUUUGUGUGCACUCACUUCUUCCUUGUAAGUUAUGUUCACAAUGUUUCACACUAUCUCUUGUAAGGAACUCCCCUCUUUGUUACUAACUUCCUUUCACCCAUUAAGGUGCUAUCUAGAGCCUUUGAGGGUUCUGCUUAAAAUCUUUGAAGAACAUUUAAGGGUUCCCAUCUCUGGACAAAAAAACACAUUUGUGGAGGGAUCUAGAUAGCGUCUUCAAAAUAGAAAAAAGCAAAAUGAUCUCUGAGGUCGAAAAGUGUCCUCCUCUACUAGUUAAUGUCAAUGUCUCCUAAAUGCAACAAUCCACACUUGCAUUUGCACCUGAAUCUGCAGACAGCCCUCUAACGUUUGCACUGUCCAUAAAAGGUAUGGGGAUGAGGCGGGACAGGCAACAGACACUACUGUCAAGUCUGUUAUCAAUAUUGGCCUCGCUGCCUACAACAUUGACAACAUGGGUCUCAAGGCUGCACUGAAAACUACUGGAAAGCAGACAGCAAAGGCCAUGGUAAAGAAGGAAGAUGCUGAAAAAUCCAAAGAAGAAUGAGGCAAAGUAAUGACCAAAUGUAAUGUACUCAUCUUAUAAGUCUGUUAUUGUAUUUUUGGCACUGGAAUUUGUGUCAUUCUAAGAUCUCAGACAACCCCAAGAGUACUAAGCCUGCAUCAAAGUUUAUUUUUAUAUGAUGUAUAUAAUGUGUGUGUGUGUGUGUGUGUGUGUGUGUGUGUGUGUGUACAUAUUGCAUGACCUACCUUUAACUUCAUUUGCUAAACUGAAUAAACAAUAUCUGAACACUUGUAGGCUGGGAUUUGUUCAUUACUAUUGAGACAAAAUAAACAGUUUAUGGGAAACAAAAA